CGUUGAUUCAACUACCAUGGCUGAAUCUAUGGACGAGGAUGUUGGCGGACUCGCCGGCCCAUCAUCCAACAAGGUUGUCAAGAAGGCUCGAGUCAAGCCUCGUUCUAAGCCGACGACUCGUCAGUCCACCGGAUCUACUAAGAACGUUGCCAGAAGACUGUUCGAAACAGCCUCGUCUCCAGACGACGAUAUCGAACAUCAGCCUGGUCAACUGGUCGGCAUAGACAAACUCCUCUCACGACUGGAAGGCCUUACAAAGGUGAUAACCGACUCAAUCUCUGCUACACAGGCUACUCAAUCUAUCCCCGGAACCUCAUCAGUGUCGCAGCUCAGACGAGAAGAUAUCGGCCGAUUCAACCCUGAUUAUCCCGACCCGAAAAAUGUUGGCAUGAUAUUCGACGGCAAUACCCCGAUCUUUACCGACUUAGACCGCUUCGUUGAGCGUGUUGAAUCCUUCCUUGAAGACCAUGUUACCGCCGCAGCCAACGAGAAGCAGCUCAAACUCUUGUUUGAGAUCUUAUUAGACGGCCCAGCAGCUCUAUGGUGGAGUUAUGAGUUGACCUACGAUGAUCGACGAUCCCUUCGACGAGCCGGUUUAGCUCAGAUGUUGGCGGCCUUAAAACGUCGAUUCCACUACAGCUACUCAUGGAUGACACUUCGCAACCCCACUGGCCUAACCAUCGAGGAGAUCGCCGAGGAUGAGAACAGAUUGAUGCAGUUCUUCCAGACGAAGCUGCGAGACGCAAAGUUAUGUGGCCGUCUAGAUAAGGACCACAAAAACUGGCCCCAAGUCUUUAAAGGUUCCUGGAAAAAAAUGGGUUAUGACAUCCACGAUGUCUUGCCAGCCCCUUCCGAUGAAUUUUCGCUUGAAGAAUACAUGAAAGAAGUACAAGAGGCAAAGCCGAGGCUCUUCGACACAGCGAGAAUGUAUCACCUAAUCGACAAAUCGGCACCCUUGCGCGGCUACCGAGAUACAAGUAGUGAUGAGUCGGAGGACUAGGUGUGGCGGUGACUACUAAGCAAACGGCGUUCCUAUUAAUCAGGUCGAUUCUCGGUAGCGGAGGCGGCCUUAAUACCACCAUCGAGGCUAACGUUCUCAUCCA